UAUUAUAUAAAAAAAAUAGUAAUACUCGCCGCCUUCGUUUCAAGCUCAGUAACUCCUUCCUCUCAUCUCCUUCCUUUCAGUAACUCCUUCCUUCUCCACCUCUUUCUCCUUCCCAACUAUCAUCGCCGCCGUCGACCUCCAUCCCAGCGCCGCCCAGAACAACCUCAGUCUGUAGCCGCGUUAACUGAAACAACUUCGACUCAACUCAACUCUCAACUGCACCGGAAAACACGCUGCCGGAUUCCGCCGUCACAGUGAGAUUUUCCGUCCAGGGUUAAAUUAAAGGAUUUUAUAUUAUGGGAACUGAAACUGAGUCAGGAGAUAGUUCUCUCAUUCUCAUCAAGCAAGGUGCUGAAGCUAGGGUUUUUGAGUCUGAUUUUGUGGGAAGAAGGGCUGUUGUCAAGGAGCGAUUCUCAAAGAAGUACAGGCAUCCAAUUUUGGAUUCUAAAUUGACACUCAAGCGCUUAAAUGCGGAGGCGAGGUGCACAACCAAGGCAAGGAGACUUGGGGUUUGUACCCCUGUGUUGUAUGCUGUGGAUCCUGUGUUGCAUACUUUAACAUUUGAAUUUGUUGACGGACCUUCGGUCAAAGAUGUGUUUCUUGAAUUCGGAUCAUGUGGUAUCAAUGAAGAGCGCCUAGGCAAAAUUGCGUCCCAAAUUGGUGAUGUAAUUGCAAAGUUACAUGAUGGUGGUCUUGUUCAUGGUGAUUUAACAACAUCAAACAUGCUACUAAAGAAAGAUACCGAUCAGUUGGUUCUUAUUGACUUCGGCUUGAGCUUCACUUCAACUCUACCAGAAGAUAAAGCUGUUGAUUUGUAUGUCCUAGAAAGAGCCCUUGUUUCAAUGCAUUCUUCAUGUGGUAAUGUGAUGGAUCAAAUACUUGCUGCUUACCGCAAGUCAUCGAAGCAGUGGUCAUCCACAAUGAACAAGCUGGCAGACGUGCGACAAAGAGGACGAAAGAGGACCAUGGUUGGAUGAUUCUUUGAGUUUCAUCUCCUUGUUGAGGUAGAAAAAAAGGGGGUGACAAUGAAUGUUAUCAACAUAAUUUAUAUGUAAUUCUUAUAUGCACAUCUCGUACAAUUUUAAAAAUGAAACAUUUGAACUUUGAUUGUCAUCUAGGACUUCCAUGUGUGUAACAAAAAUCUGUUUGAAACAUUUCUGAUUGCUUAGUUUGAUAUUUACACGUUCAUGGUUCAAA